CUUAGAAUCCAACUCGGAAGCAGUGGCGCGGGAUCGAAACUCCGGCGCGAGUAUAAAGGGCCCCGGGAAACGGCACACAUGACGAGAUCCCAGCAGCAGAACUACAGGACAGCCUGCACUGCUGGAGCGGGACAACUGGAACGGAACCCGAACUUGAGCUCCAGUCUUAGUCGAAGAGCCUCGCCGCACCAAGCAAGAUGCCAUCUGGACCCUGGCACUUCCUCCUACUGUCUGUGUGCCUGCCCCUGGCAUGUGGGCAAAUCUCCUUCUCUCAACGCAUGGUGCUAGCCAACGUAUUUGACACCGUGAACCUCAGUUGCCACACAGACUACCAGGGCCCUCUGAGCUGGAGACACAGCCCCUCCAGUGACGAGCCUUUUUUGGAAGAGUCAUCCUUCGCAGUGAUACAGGGCAAGGAGCUGAUUCUAAAAGAAGUGGACAUACCAUCUACGGGGAUAUACAGCUGUUGGGGGGAAGGACAGAAGCUCGACCAAAUGCAGCUGCUGAUGGAGGAAAAUGAGAACGAAGUUGAAGGACACCUGUCAUGUACAGCUCUGACAUACAGCUGCUCCUUCAGGUGUAGCUGGUCUCUCAUGGGGUUCACUGAAGCCCGGCUGAGCUACCACCGUGAUGGCCAGAACUCUACCUCAUGGGUUUAUCCACACUCCAUGAAGUCCAGCUCAGGACAGGCAAUCUUUGAAUUCACCCUGAAUUUGUCCAGCUCCCCUUUUGCUGAGGAAAGUGCCCCACUAGUGCUGACUGGUGAAGCAGUGAGCUCCUCGCGUUACCUGCGGCGUGUCCAGAAAUUUUACCUCCGUGACAUUGUUCAGCCAGAGCCACCCCAGUCAGUGCAGUGCAAGAAAAUGGGAAACAGCCUUAGUGUGACUGUGCAGCCUGCCAGCAGCUGGGCCAAACCUCUCAGUUAUUUCCCUCUGAUGCACCAGAUCGAGUUCGAGUACAAGAACAACGGCAUGAUAGGGCAGUCAAACUGCAGCGAGAUUCCACGGGAGAUCAGCAAGCUACGGGUUCGGUCCCGGGACCCCUUGGUGCCCUCACCCUGGAGUCAGUGGAGCCCCUGGAAAAAUGUGAAGAAGGGAAAGGGAAAAGAAAAAGAAAAUUCAAGGAGAAGGUUCUCCGGGGAGAAUGACACCAUCUUCUGCAAGAAGAAGAAACAGGAGAGGAAGAGAAAUCCAGAACACAAAACAAGCAAACACCACAAAUAUUAAGUUAGGAGGAAAGCUGUAACUGUUUGAAACAUUAAAUAUAUUUUUAUAGAACCUUUUCACCUAGUUUUCAGACUAGUUUUAUUUAAAUGGAUAUUUAAUUUAUUUUCCUUCUUAUGUCAUUCACAGGCAGUGGGUACCAUAAUUAUGGGUACCAUAAU